UCAGUGUGGAUCUUGUUGCGACAGCAGUUGCAAAAGCUAUCGCUUCUGUAUUUGGUAAGGGAAAAGGAAGGGAAGUGCUGUUGGCAUCAUCUUUAGGUUCAAGUAGCUCAAGUAGUGAGGAUAAAAAAGAAGAUAGAGGUAGAUCAGUUAGCAGAAAAGAUAGAGGUAGAUCAGUUAGCAGAAGAGAUA